AUGAGGCGGCCGUCGGUAAACUUCCUCUCUGGGUUUUGCAAGCAUCUGGGCCUGUACUUUAAGACAGUGGCACAUAAGAUGGCAGUGAUUGGAGCUGGGGUCAGUGGCCUGAUGUCUCUGAAGUGCUGUGUGGAUGAGGGACUUGGGCCCACUUGCUUUGAGAGGACUGAAGAUAUUGGAGGGCUGUGGAGGUUCAAGGAAUAUGUGGAAGAUAGCCAAGUGAGUAUCUAUCAAUCUGUCAUCAGCAAUAGCAAAGAAAUGUCUUGCUUUAGUGACUUCCCAAUGCCUGAAGAUUUUCCAAACUUCCUGCACAAUUCUAAACUUCUGGAAUAUUUCAGAAUUUUUGCCAAUUUUGAUCUUCGAAAAUAUAUUCAGUUCCAGACAACUGUGCUUAGUGUGAAAAAACACCCAGAUUUCUCAUCCUCUGGCCAAUGGGAAGUUGUUACCCAGAGCAACAGCAAGGAGCACAGAGCUGUCUUUUUCUUUGAUGCAGUUAUGGUUUGCUGCCAUCACAUCUUGCCUCACAUCCCACUGAAGUCAUUUCCAGGUAUCCAGAAGUUCAAAGGUCAGUAUUUCCAUAGCCGCCAAUACAAGCACCCAGAAGGAUUUUAGGUAAAACACAUUCUGGUGAUUGGAAUAGGAAACUCGGCCUCAGAUAUUGCUGUUGAGCUGAGUAAGAAGGCUGCACAGGUAUUUAUCAGCACCAGGCAAGGCUCCUGGGUCAUGAGCCAUAUCUCUGAAGAUGGCUAUCCUUGGGACAUGGUGUCCCACACACAGUUUAACUCUAUGCUCCAAAAUUUCCUGCCAUGAACGGUUCUAAAAUGGAUGACAGAACAACAGAUGAAUCAGUGGUUCAACCAUGAAAAUUAUGGUCUUGAGCCUCAAAACAAGUACAGCCUCCGAGAACCUGUACUAAAUAUUGAUCUUCCAAGUCACCUACUCUGUGGAGCCAUCAAGGUGAAACCAAGAGUGAAAGAGCUCGUGGAAACUUCUGCCAUCUUUGAGGAUGAAACGGUGGAGGAGGACAUUGAUGUCAUUGUCUUUGCUAUAGGAUAUACUUUCUCUCUUCCCUUCCUUGAAGAUUCAGUUGUUAAAGUGGAAGAUAAUAUGGUCUCACUAUAUAAGUACGUGUUUCCCCCUCACCUGGAAAGGCCAACCCUUGCAUGCAUUGGUCUCAUCCAGCCCCUAGGUUCCAUUUUCCCAACAGCUGAACUUCAAGCUUAUUGGGUGACAAGAGUUUUCAAAGGCUUGUGCUGCUCGCCUUCAGAAAAGACUAUGAUGGCGGACAUUAUCAAGAGGAAUGAAAAAAGAAUUGAUCUGUUUGGAGAAUACUAGAGCCAGAUACUGCAGACCAAUUUCACCCAUUACUUGGAUGAGCUGUCCUUAGACAUAGGUGCAAAGCCAGACUUCUUCUCUCUCUUGUUAAAAGAUCCUAAACUGGCUGUGAAAGUCUAUUUCGGACCCUGCAACUCCUAUCAGUAUCACCUGGUUGGGCCUGGGCAAUGGGAAGCAGCCAGGAGUGCUAUCUUUACCCAGAAACAAAGGAUACUGAAACUGUUAAAGACUUGGGCUCUGACGACUUCAUCUAAUUUCCUAGUUUCCUUCCUGUUGAAAAUCCUAGGGCUUCUUACUGUUGUAGUGGCCUUUUUUUUUUUCCAACUUCACUGGUUCUAA